AUGAGACAACGAUGGAGCGCUCCAAUUGAGGAUGGACCAUUGGAAUUGGUGGACGCAUCAAGGAGACCAGAGGAUGGAGCAAGGGGACUGGAAGGGACAAGGAGACCAGAGCAAACUAGCAUUGUGGCUUACAAUCUUCUUCCUCUAUGUCCACCUUUGACACAAAAGGUUAAACCAAUAUCAUUAUAA